GCCUACCGACAUCAACUCUGGAUCCAUAUCCCACCACGUCGCAUCCACAAGCCGCCGACUCUAGUCGCGUCGCCUAACACUUUCAGACACCAUGGCGACCGCAAUCUCCAAGCCUACCUCACACCCCCCUAAGAUGAAGCGACCGCCCCCGCCUUUCGUUCAGACCGGAGUCAACGGAGUCAAGUCCCAACCACCCUCCUCCUCUCCUCCUUCCUCCGCCAAACGUCUUCCGGGCGCCGGUCAACCAGCUCCGGCAGCCUCCGCAGGCGGUCCGACGAUAAAUGGCGCCAAUGGCGCGGCUAAUCCGGGAACCGGCCCAAACAAGGGACCGCUGAACCGGCCCAAGAAGGAAGCGCAAAAGCCUGGGGACCAGGCCACGCGAACACAGAAACCUCCGCUCAGGGCUUUGUCCAUUGACAAUGAUCGCCGGGCAGGGAACAGGUGUCCCGAGCCCUACGUCAAAACCUCGUCAUACAUCCUCAAGAAGUUCGCCAAGUUGCCUCCCUCCCUCAUUCUACAUCUCCACCCGACUCAUUUCCGCUUCGAGCAACAAGAUGGCAGCUUCCCUUAUAACUCCGAGAUGAAGGUCAUCAUCGAACAUAUCCGGGCCGGAACCGUUCCUCAUGAUAUGAUGGAGGAGCUGUUACGAGCUAAUGUUCGAUUUUAUGAAGGCUGCCUUAUCGUUCGCGUGGUUGAUCACAAGUCGGUAUCAGCCCAGACCCGGAAAUCAACAGCACCGUCAUCGAAAGAGAGUAACACACCAUUCUCAAUUCAUAACUACAAUGAGCACGUGACACCGUCUGCCUAUGUACCCUACCCGAAGCAGUCCCAAUUAUCCCCGGAAAAGCCGGGCGCGAAGGAUACUUCGUCCAGUCAGCCCGAUGCAAAGACAAACGGCGAGCAGGCCGGUCACUCUGAGAACCAUGCGGAUGAUACAACGUCGAACUUUUCCCAACCGAAACAACCUCCGAAACCUCGAGUUUUCACUACCGUCCUUCAUCCUACUCCACGUUCCCUACAAGCAGAGCUGACCCUGCUUGCUACUACACCCGACCCGAAAGCGGCAAAACAGCCGGCGUCUAGUGCGACGUCCCGCCCUCAGCCUUCCUCGUCUACGGCUCCUCCGUCCCCCGGGGCCAAUCAAGCUGAUCGCGGGCAUGUUGCCAAGCGACAGAAGAUGCUAGUUGAGCCGCAGGACUUUCUGGAGUGCGAAUCCCGGCUAACAAGGGCGCUGGCCCCUCCUCUCUUCUUGGACCCUGUAAACAGCUUCGAUGCUGCACAAGAUCUUCUGAAGUACAUGGAGAGCCCGCUUCACCGCGAGCCGCCACCGUCACCCAAGCGGAGAAAGCGUACCGUGGCUGAGCUUGCUGCCGACGAAGCGCUGGCGGCCGAGGAAGAGAGAUUCAUGCUCAUCAUGGACGAGCGACUGGAACCAACGAAUACAGGUGGUGUCGGAGGGCCGAAAUCCGCGGUCGUGGAUGAUGCCGGCGGCAGUGCGCCUUUUGAGCCGCGGUUCUCAAGGUUCAAGACGCUCGAAAACAUCCGGAUGCAGCACGAAGAGAAGGCCAAGCGAGAGCACGAGAUAAAGCUGAAGCAGGAAAUGGCCAAACGACAACAACAGGAGCAAGAAAGGGAGCGGCGCCGGGUUAUCGAGCAGCGACAGGCUGAAGAGCAUGCCAAGGAAGAAGCCCGGAGACAGCAUCUCGCCGCGCAACAAGCUCAAGCACAGCUUGCGGCGCAGCAGCAGCAGCAGCAGCAGAAUCGGCAUGUUAUGGCACAGACGAACGGGGUCAGUCAGGGACCGCAGUCUUCGCCGGUGGUCCGCAAUCAAACCCCUCAUCACACCUCCUCGCCGCAGAUUGGUAGCACAAUAGCAACGCAGGCAGGCGUCCCUAUGAGCAUGACAGCAUCUAUGCAGGGUGCCGGAAGCCCUCCAAGGCCACCAUCUGCGUUGCAGCACGCCCAUCCUACAGUUAUGAGCCAUCCAAUGGCGCCUUCCAGGAGCCAGCAGGGGCAAAGCCGACAUGGAACUCCGCAGAUGACCCAGGGAACGCCGGCAAUGUCCCAUGCUACGCCCAUUAUGCGCAAUGUCACGCCGACGCAGCGGAUGAGUCACGCCAGCCCCAGUCAUUCGACCAUGGCCCCGACUCCUGUCAUGAAUCAAGCGACCAUGAUGAGCACGCCUCAAAUGAGCGGUGGAAUGAACUUGACGCCUCAACAGCAGCAGCAGAUGUUACUGCAUCAAAGACAACAACUCCUCGCACAACAAGGACAGAUGGUGCAGAAUCAGUUCCCCCCCAAACAACUCGCGCAGAUGCAAGCCAAUGCACACGCGCAGCAGAACAUCCAAGCCCAUCAACAGCAGAUGUUACAGGCUCAGCAACAAGGUUUCCCGGCACAGACCAAGUUCUCGAAUCCGCAAGCAUACCAGGCUCAGAUGAUGCGAUCGCAGCUUGCCCAGAUGCAAUUAGCCCAGCAACAUCAACAACAGCAGCAACAACAACAACAGUCACAAGGCCAGCAACCACAGCCCCAGCAGGGACAAGUACACCAAAACAGCCCACAACUGAACACUCAGCAACAGAUGCUAAUGGCAGCGGCUCAGGCCAACGGAGGUCAUUUGCCACAGAACAUGCAAGGAGUGAAUAUGGCACAAGGCGUCAAUAUAGCUCAGCGCUACACCCAAUUGUAUCAACAACGAUUGCUACGACUCCGGCAAGAAAUGGCCAGCCGGUUGAUGCCAACGUACGGCCCACCCAAUCAGUAUCCAGCGCAAAUUGCACAGCAAUAUGGAGCCGGGCUUGAGCGAAACGCCAAACUCUGGGUUCAAGAGCUCAUGCGACGAGAACGUGAUGCUGCUCAACAGCAACGUGCCUCUCAGGCUGCUGCUGCUGUCCAGGCCCAGGUGAUGCAGCAGCAACAGCAGCAGAACAUGAUGCAAAACGGCCGGGGGGCGUAGUUCCUAUCCAACCUCUUCUCAUUCUUCUAUCUUUUUCUUUUUUCUUUCCAUGCCCUCGGGCUAUCCUCACUUUUGACUUCUACCUAUUUAUGAUUCCUCAUCAUUAUAUUUUUUUUUCUAUUGGAGUUGGACAGUCCAUGGUGCUUCAUUCCAACACCACACGAUCUCCCAUUGGUAUCUUCUUUCUC